AUGGCCUCUGCGGGUUUGUUUGAUGGGGGCUUCUCAGGGUCGAACUUUACUUGGUGUAAUAACCGCCACGGUAGAGCGAGGAUUUGGAAGCGAUUGGAUCGUAUCUUACUGAAUGAGGCAUGUAUGGAUUUACAUGUUUCUGUCACAGUUGAUCAUUUGGCGCGACACCCUUCGGAUCACGCCCCGUUGCUCAUGGCGGUAUCUACCCGGUUGGAUAGCAAACCUCGGUGUUUUAGGUUCAUUAACGCCUGGGCUGACCAUGAGGAGUUCUUGGGGGUGGUGAAGCAGUCUUGGGAGCAGGAGUGUGAGGGACCCCCGUUGCACGUCCUUUGUUCAAAGUUACAACGUGUAAGGAGGAGUAUUCAAGCGUGGAAUAGAGAGAGAGUUGGGAAUUUCUCUGACAAUGUUAGGAAGGCAGAGGCGGAAGUGGCUAGAUUGGACCAAUGUAUGUUAGGAGGGGGUUCUGAGAACGAUCAACUGCAGUUACAUCAGGCCCAGGCUCGGCUUAGUCGUGCGUUGGCCAUGGAGGAGGCCCUAUGGAAGCAAAGGUCUAGAGUCAAAUGGUUGCAGUUGGGGGAUAGGAACACCAGUUUUUUCCACUCGGUAGUGAAGCAACGGCGCAUGCAAGCAGUGAUUCAUGGGGUCCAUGAUGCCAAUCAAGAGUGGGUGACUGAGGAUGCGCGUAUUGGGGCUGAAGCAAUUAAGUAUUUCUCCUCUCUUUUUUCGAUGGAGGAGGCUCCAGCAAACUCAGAGGUACUUGGGGUCAUCCCAAAGUUAUUGGCGGAGGAUGAAAAUGAGCAGUUGCAGAAUAUUCCAUCCUUUGAGGAAGUGCGGGACGUGGUCUUUGUGAUGGACGGGGAUAGUGCCGCCGGGCCGGAUGGGUUCACUGGGAAAUUCUUUACCUCUUCCUGGGAUAUAAUUGGCAGAGAUGUGUAUAGGGUGGUGCAAAGCUUUUUCUGUGGUGAGGAGCUUCCACGACGGGUUACUGCUACCUCCAUAAUUCUAUUGGCCAAGGUAGCACGUCCAAAGUGUUUUUCUGAGUUUCGCCCGAUCAGUUUGUGUAACUUUGUGAACAAGAUUUUGUCUAAGAUUCUAGCGGCUCGACUUGCGCCUAUCCUUCCCAAGAUAAUUUCUACGAAUCAAAGUGGUUUCGUUCGGGGGCGGUUAAUUUCGGAUAAUUAUCUGCUAGCUCAGGAAUUAAUGUCUAAUAUGGGUAGCAAGGUAAGGGGAGGGAAUGUGGCAUUGAAGUUGGACAUGAUGAAAGCUUAUGACCGGGUAGUAUGGCCUUUUUUGAUCAAUGUGCUUAGGGCUUUUGGGUUUGGAGAGCAGUGGAUUGAUAUGGUUUGGCGGCUCAUUUCGAAUGUCUGGUUUUCAGUGGUUGUCAAUGGGGCUUUGUUUGGCUUCUUUAAGUCAGCCCGGGGGUUACGCCAAGGGGAUCCGCUCUCCCCUGCUUUGUUUAUCAUUGGAGCCGAGGUGUUGUCGAGGUCGCUGAAUAGUUUGCCGUGUUUCCGAGGGUUUCAGGGGUUUUCCGUUCCAAGGGGUUGCCCUCGAGUGACUCACUUAGGAUAUGCGGAUGAUGUGCUUGUUUUCUCCAGUGCGACUGCGAGAUCCUUAAAGUUAGUGAAGCGGGUUUUGACAAUCUAUGAGGCUGUUUCUGGGCAACGGAUCAAUGCGGGGAAAAGUUGUUUCUUGGUGCACCCAAAGGUAGGUCUAUCCAGGAAGAUGGCCAUUCAGAGGUUAACUGGUUUCAUGUAUAAGCCUUUCCCGAUUAAAUAUCUAGGGUUCCCCCUUUAUUGCGGGCGCCGGAAGAAAGAGUAUUUUGGGGGUUUGUGUCAAGCAGUCCUUCUUCGUAUUCAGUCCUGGCAGAACAGGGUGUUGUCUCAGGGAGGGAAGAUAGUGUUGUUGAAACAUGUCCUAUCAUCUAUGCCGAUUCAUCUGUUAAUGGCGGCUUCUCCUCCCAAAGCUAUUUUCCAAGAGCUUGAGGGCAUGGGGGUUGGCUUGCGCCAAUUGGAGGAUGUCUACAAAACUUUCUCUAUCAAGUUGUGGUGGAAUUUUCGGCCAAAAACAUCCUUGUGGGUUGAGUUCAUGCAAGCUAAGUUCUGUCGGGCGGUGCACCCGAAUCUGGUGUUUGAUGGCAAAGGUUCAGAGGUGUGGACACGGAUGGUGAAGGUGCGGAAUAUUGUUGAGAGGCAUAUCGGAUGGAUUGUUCGUUCCGGGAGUUCAAAUUUUUGGUUCGACAAUUGGCUUGGUUCAGGAGGCUACCUGGGAUGUCAGAAGUAUUGCACAUGGGUGCCUUCGGAGAUAGUCGCUGAGAUUGUUCGAGUUGACCCACCUGCCGGGCAGUUGCCUGACCUCAUGGUUUGGAGACCAGAGCAUUCGGGAUGUUUCACAAUAAAGUCAGCUUUCAACUUGGUCCGACGUCAGUCCUCCCCCUCGCAGCUAUUCAAACGUAUUUGGCAUCGAGGUGUGCCAUUGAGAAUUUCAUUCUUCCUGUUACGCCUGCUGCGGGAUCGUCUCCCCUUAGACGGGACCUUAUGGAAGUUGGGGAUUCAUGGACCGUCGCGAUGUGUGUGUUGUUCUUCACCUGAGGUCGAAACUGCGGAGCAUGUGUUUGCUACUGGGGAUAUGGCGCGACAAGUGUGGCACUUCUUUGGGGAUUCGGUUGGAGUUGCCUGGACUGGGCUUGCCUUUCGCGUAUGUAUGGCGGCCUGGUGGCAGGGGAAGCGAGGAAAUAAGUUUCUGAAGUUUAUUCAUCUUGUUACGCCCUUGUUGAUUUGCUGGCACAUAUGGAAGGCUAAGAAUGGCAUGAAAUAUGAUGGUCAGAAGAUCGAGGGGGUCCAGCUAUGUCAUGCCAGGUCUUACAUGCUGGUUAAAUGGGUACGGCCCUCUCAUGGGGGCCUCAAGCUCAACACAGACGGGUGUUCCAAGGGUAACCCUGGGGAGAGUGGGGGUGGGGGGGUGCUUCGGGAGGCUAGUGGUAGGCUGGUCCUGACGUUUUCGUGUAAUUUUGGGAUAGCUUCGAGUAUGCAGGCUGAGACCAGCGCUCUACUAUUUGGGGUCAGGUUAUGCCUCCAGCGGGGUUCUGAUUCAUUUGAUGUUGAGCUGGAUUCCUUGGUGUUAGUGCAGGUUUUAAAUCGGACAUCUCGUUGCCCUUGGAGUAUUUAUAAGGAGGUUUAUCAGUUGUUUGGUUUGUUGCAUCAUUUUCCACGAGUUCGCCACUGUUAUCGCCAGGCUAACCAGGUGGCAGAUAUAUUGGCCAGUGAAGGGUGUCGGCAUGGCCGGGAGGAGAUCUACUUGGCAGCUUCAGCCUUACCCCAAAUUGCGAGAGGAGCAUUUCAUUUAGAUAGGUUAGGAGUUGCGGCUCUUCGCCGGUUGGAAUGA